UGAAUUUUACUUCAUUUCAGGAAUUCAAUUCACGAAAAUCACAGACGAAACUUCGUAGUUUAGAGUUGUAAUCAAUUCCUAAUAUUUUUUUAUUAAUUUCGUACUUUUUGAAGUUCAAUGAAUACCCCAGUGUUUAAAUAGUGCUGGACUUUAAUCAAGCUAUCCAGUUUAUCGUGAUUACGUAUUUUAUUGUGUUAUUUGUAACUUUUGAGAUAUAGCGAACAAAAUUUCAAUAGAAAAUGAAUUUCCUAGUUUCCUUUGGGUUCUUAUUAUAUGUUAUAGUAAUAUGUCAAGGGUCGGGCACAGACAUUGCUUUAGAUGCCAAAGCUAGUUUGUUACAUCGCAUAGAUAGUUUGAACCUGCUGAUAUACACUUGUCUUCUCACACUUACGGUGCUCACUAUUUGGGUUUUUAAACAUCGACGAGUGAGCUGGAUUCACGAGACAGGAUUGGCCGUAAUAUAUGGUCUUAUAGUAGGGGCAAUAAUAAGAUAUUCAGGAACAACAAACCAGGUCACACGCAUUGAUGUGCACCCGGCACCUGAUACCAAGUACAACCUGUCGGUGCCACCAGACAUGCUUCGGUUCCAUUUUCCUGAUAAGAUUCAGAUCUCUUCUGGUGAGGUCCCUGUACCAAAUAAAACUUAUGCCUACAGCUUUAGAGGUGAGAUAGUAAAUGUGGAACAAAAUGAAAUAGAUCUUAAGGCUACAUUUGAUCCUGAAAUAUUCUUCAAUAUAAUUCUACCUCCUAUCAUCUUUCAUGCUGGAUAUUGCUUGAAAAGGAAAUAUUUCUUCCGCAACCUCGGUGCCAUAUUAACAUUCGCAAUGGUGGGCACCGCAUUAUCGGCGCUUGUGAUUGGAUCCCUCAUGUAUGGGUGCGUGCAGCUCAUGCCAGCUUCUCUCGCCUCGAGUUUCACAUUUCUGGACACGCUGUAUUUUGGUGCCUUGAUCUCUCCGACGGAUCCACUCACAGUGCUAGCUAUAUUUUCCCAGUUAAAAGUCGACGUAAAUUUAUAUGCUAUGAUUUUCGGUGAGAGCGUUCUUAAUGAUGCAGUGGCUUUAGUACUUAGCGGUGCUAUUCAAAACUACGAAAAGAGGUACUCAAAUGAUGGUGGCUUUGAAAUAACCGCUUUCUUGGCGGCCAUCGGCGACUUCAUCGGGAUAUUCAGUCUCUCCCUGCUGGUUGGGGCCCUGAUGGGGUGCCUCACUGCACUGAUGACGAAGUUCACCCACGUGCGAGACUGGCCGCUGCUGGAGUCUGCAUUGUUUGUCCUCAUGUCGUACGCCGCCUUCCUCAUAGCUGAAGUGUGCGAAUUAACAGGAGUAGUGGCGGUACUUUUCUGCGGCAUCUGCCAAGCUCACUACACGUACAACAACCUAUCAUCGGACUCACGCAACCGCACCAAACAACUGUUCGAGCUACUCAACUUCUUGGCCGAGAACUUCAUAUUCACCUACAUCGGAGUCUCCAUGUUCACGUUCCCGAAGCACCACUUCGAUCCAUGGUUUAUCAUCGCUGGAUUUGUAACUUCAACUCUUGGUCGGGCUGUGAACAUUUAUCCUCUGUCGUUCCUCUUAAAUCUCGGACGGAAACCUCCAAUACCAAUGAACUUCCAACACAUGCUAUUUUUCUCUGGUCUCCGAGGAGCGAUGUCGUUCGCGCUGGCGAUCCGCAACACCGUGUCGGACGCGAGACAAGCCAUGCUGACAACCACCUCGCUCAUCGUCAUCGCCACUGUGGUGCUGCAGGGCGGCGCCGCUACACACGCCCUCGCCUAUCUGCGUAUACCCACCGGACAAGGACAAAACGACGAAAGCGAUGCCCUUCCCUACCGCGAUGUACGAAGUCUGUACCGGGCCACGGACACGGGCGGAUCGAAUGGCCGCAUGGUAGUUAGGUGGGACAAAGGAGAUAGUGCAGUGGUUAUGCCUUGGCAACUAAAAUACGAAGAAACGCCGCGCGAAGGAGGGGAGAAGGCCCGCUUGGCGCGGCUGUGGGGGGCGGUGGACUCGAAGCUGCUGAAGCCGCUGCUGACGCACGCGCGCCCGCCGCUCACCGACACGUUGCCCGGCUUCAUGAGACCCGUCGCCCGGGUGCUCACCACCACGCAUCAGUACACGCAAGGAAUAUCGUCGGAGCACGUAACUUUUUUCUAUAAUAACAGUAAUGACAACAGUCUCCGCAGGACAGACUCCGAUUCCGACCUCUGUAUCGACGAGCCCCAACCAGUACCAACAAGCAUUGAUCCACAGCUGUCAAUUAAUGUUCGGAACGGAUAUGGGCAUGUGUAAUCUUUGUAGUGCUAGUGAAUAUCGGCUGUGAUAUAAAUGGAUUAAGUUUUUAGAAAAUUUGAAAUUAAUACAUAGAUUAAACAUUUUGACAUUGCACGCAGCAAUUAUGGCCCGGACACGUGGACACGCGCAUCUCAGUGGAAGGUAUCACAGGAAGUAAUAUAUAAUCUGCUUUCAAUGAGAUAUAUUUUUAUAAGCUCUGUGUGCCACACUUUGUAUGUUUGUACUGUUAGCUUCUGUAAGAUCAAUGUUUAACAUAGAAACAUGUAAUACAAUUAUACGUAUUGUUAAUAUGUUAAUGUGAAAUGAAGCUGAACUUUAAAAAGCGGAUUGAUAGCAAGAUACAGUUUUGAUUUUAAGUUUUUCUUUGCGGCUUCUGUAUAUUAAGCUGUUGUCUGACAUAUGCCAUCGGCACACCAGUUUAUUCGGGUAAAAAUGUGAUAUUUUUAACAAAGACUCCAUGAAAACUGAUGUAGCAAAUUUUAAAAUAAAUAUUUAAUUUUUAGAUAUUUUUUUGGUAGUUGUUUUAAUUGGUCUUGUAAAGUAAAUUGAUAUGGUGUAGCAUUUUUAUGUGUAACCACUUAUGUUAAAAUCUAAUCUUCCAUCCCAUUUUUAAAUCAUCAAUAGUCAGAGCACCCAGUUCCGAAUUUUUAUUUACCAAUUUAAGAAUUUAUUUUGAAAAAAAAAAAAGGAUCUGAUGUUUAUAUUUAUGUAAAAAUGAAUAGCACGAAAUUAUUAACAUUCAAUAUCAUAUUAUUAUAUGCAAUCCAAGUUAUAUUGAUUCAAUUACCCGUAUCAUGCUAUUCAAAGUGAGCGACACGAGACUCACUUGUGAUCAAAGUUUGCUACUAAAGUUUUGUAAUCAGAUGUCAAACGUGGUAAUGUUGUGGCAAAUAAAGUAUUUAAUAUCCUGUCCCACUACAAUUAGUGACUAAAAGCAAUCUUUUAGUCUUCACCUAAGACACGGUAAGUAAGACACUGAGAUCGUUUAAAAUUCAUUUUCUUAUUUAUGGAUAAUUGAAGCGAUAUAACUUGGUGGACCAAUUUCUGGUAAUAAAUUAUAAUCUUAAGUCACUCUUGGUGGCAUCAAACUCAGAUGUCAUGUAGUUUAAUACAUUUAUUUGUCAUUCACUGAUACAUGUUUAUAAUAUAUACUUGUUGAAACAAAUAUUUGUUUCCCAUGUGUUAAUACAUUUAUUACAAAUGUAGUACAUUACAUUUUUUACAUUUGGUAUACCUUAUUUAGAUCUAGUCCCUCUUCUUUAGAUUUGAAGAUAGAUAUUUGUCAGGUCUUUCCACUUAUGGUUUGAUCACAAAGAAAGAGAACGUUAUUUUCAAUUAUAAUUGAAAAUUCCAAAUUAUAUAACAAGAUGUCCAUGGAAUGGACAUAGUUUCCUAAUUUAAUUAGAUGAGAGAUUUUUCAGGCAGAGAGUGGUCACGCGGCCAAGCGCUUAAGUUUUGCGUUCUCUUUGUUGAAAAAAAGGAGCGACAUGCAAUCGACUGCAAGAACGCUCUGUGUCGGAUAAGCCCCUAAUGUGUUUUUGUUUUUGUUAAAAUAUUCUGUUAUUGUUCUAACAAAAUAUUUGAAGGUUUGUGAAACCAUAUGUAGGUAAUAAUUAUAUAUUUCUUAAGUUAUUCUUAAAGUUAGAAAAUAAUUACUUUAUGGUUUUAAUAAUAUCUUUUGCAUUUUUCUGCGAGCUUUAUAAAUAGCUUUCAGAAAUAAAUAAACACCAUACUUUUUGUAUACUACACAUGAUGUUAGCUCUAAUUGAGUGUUUCCACAGGGUUCUUUUGUUUCUUCAUGUGUUUAUAGUGUUUACAAAAAACUUACGUUUGUCAAUCAUUUGCUUGUGCACGAAUCAUUUUUGCAACUAUGCAAUUGAUUUACUGUAAUAAAAUUUGAAUUCAA